AUGACUGAAGGACGUAUUAAAAUUCGAUCCACAGGUAUUAGUUCUCGGGGAAUCUACGGCAGUUGGUAGAUUUUGCGUUCAGUUGUGCAAGAAUUAUUUUAAAGCUGGUGAAGUAA